CCUGUUAAAACAUGGCCGCGCACUGACAAAUGUCACAUUUGUCCUGCUGCUGUAAACAUACAGUUAUUAACGUUGAUUUUAUCACCUGUCCAGCGCAUAAAAAAAGGCAAAAACUGGGGAGAUUUUGCUUCACUACGUUUAACAUCUGCAGAGGAUAAUCGAGCCAACACCAUGGUUCAUUUAUCAUCUCUCCUGCUUAAGAAGUACCAUGGAGGUUACGUUGUCCUCCGAUUGGCCCUUGCAGGCCACAAACAAGCAAACAGACCUUUUUAUCGAAUAGUGGCAGCUUACAACAAGAGGGCCAGAGAUGGAAAAUAUAUAGAGCAGCUGGGUACCUAUGACCCCCUCCCCAACAUCUACAAUGAGAAACUUGUCAGCUUCAACUUCGACCGAAUCAAGUACUGGAUCGGCUGUGGCGCACACCCUACGAAGCCAGUGGCCAAACUUCUAGGGUUGGCAGGAUUUUUCCCUCUCCAUCCAAUGACGAUAACUGAGGCAGAGCGUCAACGAGCACAAACACAGCUGAUAGCAACAGGAACAGAAGAGGGACUGCAGGAGGAACAGAAAGAGGCUGAAGUGUGAGAGUUAAAGCUGUGGCCUGUGUGUGUGACUGUCCAGGUCAAAAGGAUGUCACAGUUAUUUGGAGGGAACUGAUCUAUUUGUUUCCUGACUUGUUUGGUGGACUGCUUGAAGCAAUGUCAGAUGGCAUAUUGUAGUUCUAGUUACUCUAUUUGUCGCUAUGGACCAUUCUUAUUAAAACUGAUUCUCGAUAAAACGCAAUGGUUUCAGGUUAUGUCUAUGAGAGUGGAGUGCCAUGAAAGACAGUUGUGUGUAUUUACUGUUAUAUUUGACUUAAAUAAAACAUUUCAAUAUAAUUCCAUUUGGAUGAGGUUAAUAAGCUGAUUUUUUUUUCUAUCGUCCUCUGUCUUACAUUUUCAAGACCUUUAUGAAAAAAUGAUUUAUGAUACUUUGAACCUGACUUGUGAAGGGUGUUAUAAUUCCUUAUUUGUCUGUGUUCUUUCUUUUGAAAUGAAUAAAUAUUUAAUAGUCCCUAGCCUAUGCCAACAUAUAAAAUAAAUUACCUGGCUUUGUUGAGACUGUCUAUUGAGCUCCGCUGGCUCUCAGUGCCCGGGACAGUGCCGAAAUGACCCACACACCCUCUACACACACAAACGGCACUAGCCGUCUGACAAUAAAUCAAAGAAAUUCCUGUUG